GGUAGUUUUGAGUCGGUGUGAGACCUGGCAACACUGCCAUUGUGACGUCACAUGAAAUAGGCUGACGAAAUCUUUUUAGAUUUCGUAAUAAAAUUAUUUUCAGUGGUUUUUCGUAGUGUUUGUACGAUUUGUAGUGUUUUUGAACAAUUAUAAACUAUAAAUUAACUAAGUGUUGUGUAAAAAUUUCACUCGGUGCGAUGGGCCACCAAUAAUUUUAGUGACAACGAGUGAUGAAGGAAAAAGAAAAUGGCUACCUUUGAACGCAUAUUGUUAAGCAGGAAUCAUUUAAUUAUAAAUGAUAGAUACAACGUUGUUCGCAAAAUCGGCGGCGGCAGCUUCGGAGAUAUCUUUCUAGGAAUAAAUGUGAACGAUGGAGAGGAGGUAGCAGUGAAGGUUGAAUCUAUAAAAGCGCGGCACCCGCAACUUCUCUAUGAGAGCAGAGUGUAUAAGAUGCUCCAAGGGGGCAUCGGCAUACCACACAUAAGAUGGUACGGCUACGAGAAGGACCACAACAUCUUGGUGAUGGACCUCCUUGGUCCAUCACUCGAGGACCUUUUCAACUUCUGCUCCCGCCAGUUCACCAUCAAGACUGUUCUUAUGCUGGCAGAUCAAAUGCUGGGCCGCGUGGAGUUCAUCCACUGCAAAUGCUUCAUCCACCGUGAUAUCAAACCGGACAACUUCCUGAUGGGUAUCGGCCGCCAUUGCAACAAACUCUACAUGAUCGACUUCGGGCUCGCUAAGAAGUUCCGAGACCUGCGCACACGCACGCACAUCUCAUACCGCGAGGAUAAGAACCUUACUGGUACGGCUCGGUACGCCUCUAUAAACGCCCACCUCGGCAUCGAGCAGUCACGGCGGGACGACAUGGAGUCGCUUGGAUACGUACUUAUGUAUUUCAACAGAGGUUCGCUGCCAUGGCAAGGUCUGAAGGCGAUCACCAAAAAGCAGAAAUACGAGCGGAUCAGCGAGAAAAAGAUGUCGACGCCCGUUGAGGUGCUCUGUAAGGGAUUCCCGGCUGAGUUUGCAAUGUAUUUAAAUUACUGCCGCGGAUUGACCUUUGACGAGGCUCCCGAUUACAUGUAUCUUAGACAGCUGUUCCGCAUCUUAUUCCGGACGAUGAACUACCAGUACGACUACACGUUCGACUGGACCAUCCUGCGGCAGCGCAAGCAGCACAUGGAGGCCGGCGCCGCGCCCGCCGACCGACGCUCGCCCUCCGUACAGCGGCGCGCCGCCCAGCAACCCAGCCAGCCGCCGCCCAACAACGAGUGAAAGAGAUUACGACGUUCGGCAGCCCCGGGCGGCGCCGCCAAGAAGCGCGCGCGGUAGGCUCGGGCCGCCCGCACCGCCCGCGCCGCCCGCGCCGCCCGCCGCCGGACGCCAGACUGACGCUCCUCCCUGCAUGUGGCGCAGGCUGCACUGCGCCUGCCAUGUCGAGGACCACUACCGCAGUGGUACAUAUAUAAUGAUCUUUGUUUGGACGCGGUCCAAUCCUCUUUUGUUUACUGUAUAAUAUUUAACUGUAAAUUACAUUACAGAUGUUGAUACGAUUACACUAGAAAAUUAUUCAUGAUUAAUUCAGUUUGUAGUUAUGUAACUCGAUGAUUGUUUAGUUUUCGAUGUUAGUUUUCUAAUUAGCUAGUGUUCACAUUUGAUUGUUACCUUCGGCGGUAUUUCAAUCUGUUCUCUGUACAUAUGCGAAUUGUGUUGGGAAUACCGCCGGCGACGCGACACGUAACACAAAUAUUGGCUAGAGUUGUUCAUUAAAAUUGCAGAUUUCUAAUGAAUAAAGUAGUCUAUAACAAACGUGAAAAAAUGGUAAAAAAGUAAAAAAAAAAAACGAAAACAUGUGGUAGUAUGUAAGAGAAUUGAUUUCCUGCCGUUUGAAACGUGCUCUGCCUAACUAAACCGACAUAGUAUUUAAGAUUAUUUUUAACUUUUUGCUUAUACUUUGGCGUAUUUCACUUAUAAAUUGUACAUAGACAUAGGGUAGAGCGCGUUUCAAAGGGACUUUGGUAUGGCGGUAUAUCUUAUUUGAAGAUUAUAAAAUUGUAAAUAUAAUAAGCUAGUAAACUUGUUUUAAUCACUACAUAUUUUUUUAAGAAAGCACUAAUUGCGUUUGAUUUGUGGCGUAUUGUGAUACUGCAUGUAAUGUUCUGAGCGAGGCUUUGCGCGUUGGAAGCUUUAGGAAAUGUCAAGUGGACACGGCUUUGUGUUACUAUAUCUAACACACAGUUGAGGUGUCCACAGCGUGACGUUUCUCCUUGCUUCCCUCGCCGAGCUCGACCGGGGCUAUUCUGAAGGUUUCCAAACACUCGAAACCUUGUCUUGUAACUGGAGUGACUUUCAUUUGAGGUUGUAUACUCCUCAGUUUUUCUAAUGAAGAACAUUCCAAUUACCAAACAAGCUCUCAAUCAUUAGACUAAAAGAACUAUUCAAUAAUAUUCAUGUUUUUAUACAACCUUCGUCCUUCCAUGCACUGAAUGAAUGUUAAUGAAGUAAUUCUAGUAAACAGGAAACUGACACGUGUAGUCUCGGCGUGAGUGCCGGUGUCGUGGGUAAUAUUUUUAAAUUGAACACUAAACAAUGCUUCCAUAGUUUGAAUGAUAGAAGUAUCAUAAUACACCAUGUUAUUUCUAAGACAUAACUGUAAGUUUCCGGAAUGAUUAGUGCGAACGAAGUGUGAGCGAACAAAUGGAGACAAAAUAAAAUAAAGAUACCAUGUACAGUUACAACGUUGGUAUAUGUUUGACCACUGUGAGUGAUAUUAUGGAUCUCAUCCCUUGCAAAUUCGGUUUUAUUUCGAGACUCAGUAACGAUGGUUCAGGACUCGCAUUUUGUCUCCACUUGUGUGUAUACUCAGUGUGUCAACACUCUAUAAAUUAAUAAACAGUAAUAAACUAA